GAUUCUUCGCUGGGCAGUUCAUCCAAGACUGGUGAGGGGAUGCUGUCGUCGAAAAAUAGAACCCCACUCCGGAAAUUUAUGUCUAUGUGGUUGUUCUCUUCCUCUUUCUCGCCGCGCAGAACGGCUGCAAGGAGUCGCCUGCGGAGCUGGCUUCCGUGGGUGCCUGCCUGGGGGUACUGGCCUGUCGGCUGGGUUCUGAGAGGCCCUCCGCGCCUCAUCCGCCCGCGUGCUGCUCUACGCCGUGGUUCCCCCGAGGAGGGGGGGGAGGAGGAGGCGGUCGAGGGCUGCUGCCCGCAGUUCUGCCCGAUUGCGGCUUGCCCUCCAGCUUACGGGCGGCUGCGUCCCACAGCACCGGCAGCAUAAGGCGCCCCAUGAGGUACAUACGAUCCUUUUCCAUUCAUCGUCCCCAGCUUCAGGGCCUGCAGCUUUGCCCCCGCCUCCUUCUCCUCCUCCCUUCUCCUCUCUCCUCCUCCUCCUCCACAUUCGCCUUCUCCUCCGAUUUCUCCCUAGCGAAUGCAUUCUCACUGGUGUAAUUGUUUUUAAUUGUACAUACAUCUAUAGAUGUACGUGCAUGUUCUCUCGCUGGACACUUCGCAGAGUGCUAUGUCCCUACCUUUCUUUUGACACGCAUUAGAGUUCAUUCGAAGGGUUGAAGGCUGAUUUUUUUCCCAGCAGGGCCCUCGCCCGAUUGGCAGGCCCACGGGGGGCCCGUCUGUCAAGGGGGCACUCCCUGUUGUGAGCGGGCAGGCUCGCAGGGGCUUGCGAGAGGGGGGGCUUGGGACGGGAGGUUGUGUACCGCAGCAUCGUUGACGCAUCCUGGGUGCACUCCUUUUCCCGCAGGCGACCGGUCUUUUCGGCGGCCCUGAAGCGGGCGACGCGCGUGCGAUCCGCCCCGGCGGUGCCCGCCACGCUGGCGACGCACUCGCCACAGCGCCCCCCUGCGAGAGCGACGUGCACGUUCGCGAGGACGGCCAGCCUUUUCGGCGGCCGACGCACGGGCGACGAAUGCGCAACGCACCCUUUGUUUCGAAAGGGGGGGUCAGCGCGCCGGUCGCACUACUGAGCCUUAACAGCUACCUCAUCCCCUCUUCCUGUCCUCAUCCUCCUCCUCCUCCUCCUCUUCCUCCUUAUCCUCGCAAUCGGAUGUCUCAUGGCAGCCAGCCAUCAUCUUCCCGUAUGGGCAGGGUGGGCUGGAGUUGCGACAGUGUUGAUGGCUUCGGGGGCGUGCCCACACCAGUCUGGAGCACAUCCCCUGGCGUGCAAGGGCUCCGCAGAAGUUCGGGGCAAGGUCUCCUCCUCUGCUGAACGUGCUGUGAUGUCGUGACGGGCCAACUUCCAACCGCCUGCCAUAACGAGCAGCUGCCAUUUCCACCGCUGUGCGCAUUCUGUGUUGGCCCCAUUUUCCAGGGCGCUACCGCCCCUAGCAUCACCCCGCACGGCCGAAAACAUCAUUAUAUGUAUUGUCUGCUUGCCGCGG